AUGAAUACUUGGACCAAGAGAUUAGUUGGGCAGACUCACCCCAUAGUCAAGGCCCACUCUACCACCCUUGAUCAAAAUAAAAUUACCAACGGUUAUGAUCAUGUGCAGUCGCAGACCCUAGUCGAGAAAUCAACUACCGAAAGCAAUUAUCAAAACAUGAAAUGGGAAGAUUUCAAUCACCAACAAACUCUCGUGUUGGGGUACACAAAUUCAACUUUCAUUGCAUACCCGAAAGAGACGAAAAGGAGUCCACGUUCCGAAUACGUCUUAAAAUCAUGCACGAUUCGAAACUAUACCCCAGAAAGGUUACGCUUGGUAGAUCUAGCUCGUGAGCCUAGUGGAAGUGAGUUUUUUCUGACAACUUUAUGCGUCUUCCGGUUUGAGGAAAGGAUGUAUGUUGGUUCAGAGCUGUCAGAUGUGUCAUUGGAAGACAUCAUUCAUUGUACAAUUCAUCUCAGCGAAGAUCAUUUAUCAGCUGUGCUGAUACAGGUUGUCUCCGCACUUUCUUAUCUUCACAAGAGGACUCGCGAAUCAGGAAUCGAACUGAUUUACGAUACUCUCGAUGCUUCUACCGUCUUUCUUAAACGAAACGGGAAAGUACAACUCGCAAACUUCGGUUCCCGUAUAAUCCCCAAAAUGAACACGCCUGAUAACUGCCGCACAGACUUGCAUACGCUAGGUAACCUGGCGAUCCACAUAAUCACUCAGAGCUCGGAUCAGCCGGACACUCACACCCUUCGUCAAAAGAUGCUCUCGGGGAAUGCGACAGGGAAAGGCUUAGACGCUAGUUUCGAACCAUCUCCAGAAUUUCUAGACUUUUAUGAAAUGUGCUUUUCUUAUAAAGGAGAUAUACACAACCUGUUGAAACAUCCUUUUUUGAAACACAAAGAGAUGCAGUAUGAAUGUUUGAUACCGUUGGUACACAAUGCUGAGAGGGUUGCUGCUCGAGAAUGUAUUUCAAAUCAGUCAGCACUUGUGAUAAGCUAG